AUGACCUUGGACAGCAAACUCAUGGAGGAAACGGACAUUGACGUGGAGGGACAGUCAGACGGCGGCGAGGCUGUGAAGAACACAGUUCUUUCAGGGUUUCAUCGGAGAUAUGCGGAUUUGGAGCAGAGCGCUUCAUCCAUAGCUGCUGAAGUUCGGGAGGAGGGAGACUUUGCAGUACGGUUCCGAGAUGGUCCAGGCAGGAGAACCGCAUCGGUGAAGCCCCCAUACUCCUACAUCGCUCUCAUCACCAUGGCCAUCCUCCAGAGCCCGAAAAAGAGACUCACCCUCAGUGAGAUAUGUGAUUUUAUCAGCCAGCGAUUUGCGUAUUAUCGGGAGAAGUUUCCUGCGUGGCAAAACUCAAUCCGUCACAACUUGUCUCUUAACGACUGUUUUGUCAAAAUGCCCCGGGAGCCUGGGAAUCCCGGGAAGGGAAACUAUUGGACUCUGGAUCCCAUGUCGGCCGAUAUGUUUGAAAACGGGAGUUUUCUGCGCCGGAGGAAACGCUUCAAGAGGCAACAUUUUUAUUUGGGGGACUCUAGAGCGCAGGAGCGCAGUCUCAUGCCUAUUUUUCCUCUGCCUGGAGCGCACAGGAUGGGCUCUUGUCUUCAGGGUCCUGAUUUAUACCGAGAUCUGGGCAUAGGAAGUCGAUUAAGCUCCCAUACUUGUCCCAGCGUCCCACAUGUAAGCAGCAUUAUAGGCCUACCAGUGCUGUCUUCCCUCCUGUCCAAGAAUUUCCCCUCAUGUUUUGAACAUUUUGACCCGGGACGCUGCGCCGCUGGCCCAUCUUUGCCUCCAAACUCUGCGUUCAUAUCUCCUGUCUCGCAUCACGGAAUGAUACCUAACUAUCCGGUUUCUCAGUUUCCCAAUUUUCCUACUGGGAUUAUUAAAGUUUCGUCUACUUUAAUUUAA